AAGAGGAAGGCGGCAAUCGACAGAAACGUAUAGCUCCUCCUUUACAGAGUCCACACGCACAAAGAUACAGCAAAAGAGCUACCAGACGUCAACAAAUCUCAUUUCAGGGGAAAUUAUAGAAUGGAAACCAGAGAGGUUCUCUCAACCGACAAAGCUACAGUUGUCAUCCAAAUAAAUCCACAGGCAAAUGACAGUGUUAUUUAUGUUGAUGGACAGGAGACAAUAAAACACAAUGCGGCUCUUAAAGGAUUUUUCAAAGCACAACCAAAGGCUCUGGGGAUUGUCCAGAUAAUGAUUGGAGUGACUGUCUUCUUACUUGGGGUUGUACUUACUUGGCGUCUCACCAUCAGUGACUAUUAUCCCAAAAUUGUUGUCAAUAGUGGCAUCACCUACUGGGGAUCUUUCAUUUACGUCAGUGCUGGAUCUCUGUCUGUUGCUGCACAGAAUAAAUUUAAUCCAUGUUUGGUGAAAGCCUCUCUUGGAAUGAAUGUGUUCAGUGCCAUAACAGCAGAACUAGCUAUUCUUCUGAUGGGUGUACAAUUAGGAAUAUCAUUGGAAUAUCCAAGGUUCGAUGUUCAGAGUUUUAUUUUGCGGUCUGUUGGAAUAAUGCUGGUGUUCACUAUACCUCAGUUCAUCACCUCCAUCUGUAUAUCAGCACUUGCCUGCAAAGCCACCUGCAACAUCCAUUCUACAGUGGUCAAUGUGGCACUAAACCAGGUGAAAGCCUCUCAUGGAAUGAAUGUGUUCAGUGCCAUAACUUCAGCAAUAGCCAUUCUUCUGACCGGCAAUGAAAUAAGAAUAGGCCCACUGCACCCUCGAAGCUGCUACAAUAUUCAUGACUGUAUAAAUAUUGAGAGAUUUGGUUUUGGGGUCAUUGGAAUAUUGCUGGUGUUCUCCAUCCUUCAGUUCAUCAUCUCCAUCUGUAUCUCAGCAUUUGCCUGCAAAGCCACCUGCAACAACAACUACGACUCUACAGUGGUCAAUGUGGAACUAGACCAGAGAUACUGA